CACUGUCUAAGACUUGAUGGUUGCUCUGUCAAUUCUUCGUCAUCAGUUAGGUACCUAGGUGUGCUACUUGAUCGCAAUCUUUCCUUAGAAAGCCACGUUUCUAGCAUUUGUAAAACUGCAUUUUUCCAUCUCAAAAAUAUAUCUAAAUUACGGCCUAUGCUCUCAAUGUCAAAUGCAGAAAUGUUAAUCCAUGCAUUUAUGACUUCAAGGUUAGACUAUUGUAAUGCUUUAUUGGGUGGUUGUUCUGCACGCUUGGUAAACAAACUACAGCUAGUCCAAAAUGCAGCAGCAAGAGUUCUUACUAGAACCAGGAAGUAUGACCAUAUUAGCCCGGUCCUGUCCACACUGCACUGGCUCCCUAUCAAACAUCGUAUAGAUUUUAAAAUAUUGCUUAUUACUUAUAAAGCCCUGAAUGGUUUAGCACCUCAGUAUUUGAAUGAGCUCCUUUUACAUUAUACUCCUCUACGUCCGCUACGUUCUCAAAACUCAGGCAAUUUGAUAAUACCUAGAAUAUCAAAAUCAUCUGCGGGCGGCAGAUCCUUUUCCUAUUUGGCGCCUAAACUCUGGAAUAACCUACCUAACAUUGUUCGGGAGGCAGACACACUCUUGCAGUUUAAAUCUAGAUUAAAGACCCAUCUCUUUAACCUGGCAUACACAUAACAUACUAAUAUGCUUUUAAUAUCCAAAUCCGUUAAAGGAUUUUUAGGCUGCAUUAAUUAGGUAAACUGGAACCGGAACACUUCACAUAACACCGUACUUUCUACAUCAUUAGAAGAAUGGCAUCUACGCUAAUAUUUGUCUGUUUCUCUCUUGUUCCGAGGUCACCGUGGCCACCAGAUCCAGUCUGUGUCCAGAUCAGAGGGUCACUGCAGUCACCCGGAUCCAGUACGUAUCCAGACCAGAUGGUGGAUCAGCACCUAGAAAGGACCUCUACUGCCCUGAAAGACAGCGGAGACCAGGACAACUAGAGCCCCAGAUACAGAUCCCCUGUAAAGACCUUGUCUCAGAGGAGCACCAGGACAAGACCACAGGAAACAGAUGAUUCUUCUGCACAAUCUGACUUUGCUGCAGCCUGGAAUUGAACUACUGGUUUCGUCUGGUCAGAGGAGAACUGGCCCCCCAACUGAGCCUGGUUUCUCCCAAGGUUUUUUUCUCCAUUCUGUCACCGAUGGAGUUUCGGUUCCUUGCCACUGUCGCCUCUGGCUUGCUUAGUUGGGGUCACUUCAUCUACAGCGAUAUCAUUGACUUGAUUGCAAAUUAAAACAGACACUAUUUCAACUGAACAGAGAUUACAUAACUGAAUUCAAUGAUGAACUGCCUUUAACUAUCAUUUUGCAUUAUUGAGACACUGUUUUCCAAAUGAAUGUUGUUCA